CCGACCUUCAAUUCCACGUCUCUCUGUUCGUGCGCAUCUUCUUCUCUUUUUUUCUCAGGGACUAGGACGUAAUAUGACGAGGGGUGGGGUGGUUGCUCAGAAAAAGACACGGCGGCGGCGCGGCCGGCCGAAGGCGGAGGACUGUAGCGACGACGACGAGGAGUACGUCGUCGGAGCGGAUGGGGAGGAGGAGGAGAGCUCGGAGGAGUCUUUCGUUUCGUCCGAUUCGGGGAGUGGUGGUGAUUCAUCGGAGGUUGAGGUGGAUUCGGAGGACGAGGAGAUCGUGGUGGCGAGGGCGAGGUCGAAGCCGAAGCUGAAGCCGAAGCCGAAGGCGAGGAAGGGGGUGGCAAGCGGUGGUAGGCGGCAGCGGGGAGGAAGGGGUCCGGCGAGGAGAAAGCCGAGGGGUGGGGUCGGAUCUCGGACGAGGAAGGCUAGGGUUUCGGAUGAUGAUGAUGAGGAGGAUGAGGAUUUCGAUCCCGAUGAUGUUGAUGAGGAGGAGGUUAGCCUGAUCUCGAGUAGGAGAUCGGUUUUGAAUCCGUGUCCGAAGAGAAAGAGAUCGAAGGCUUCUUUGAAGCCGAAGAAUGAUGCUAAGAAGGUGAAGAAGAGCACGGGAGAAUCUCCAGAGAAUAGAAGGGUUAGGGUUAGAGAGGAAGAAGAUGAUGAUUUUGUUGAGAAGGAUCAAAGUAUGGUUUUUGAGAAUCAAAAGAAUAGGGGCAAUAGAAGGAGGAAGAGAUUGGUUGCGGAGGGUUCUGAUUCCUCUGAUUUUGAUUAUGAGGUUUCCUCGGAGGAGGAGGAGGAGGAAGAGGAAGAGGAGGAGAAGGAGAAACCUAAGGGUCAACCAAGAAGGAAGAAUAGAUCAAGAAUAUUAGAUUCAGAUUCAGAGUUUUCGGAUUUCGUGGUUUCGGAAGAUGAAGAGAAAGUUAGGGGGAGAGGUCGGCUGAGGAAGAAGAAGAAGAAGAAGAAUGAGAGGAAAAAGAGAACAAGGUUGGCUGAUUCUGAAUCGGAUUUUUCCGAUUUUGUGAUUUCGGAUGAGGAGUUGAGGGAUUUGGGAAUUGGAGGAGAAUCAAAUGAGCAGCAAGAACAGCAAAGGCAACAGCAACAACAACAACAGGCAAAGAGAAUUGUUGCAGAGAAGAAGGAAGAGGAAAAGGGGAAAGAGAAGGCAGAGGUGGAUUCAGGGAAGCAGGUUUGUGGAAUAUGUUUGUCGGAAGAAAAGAAGACCACUGUUCAGGGUUUGUUGGAGUGCUGUGCACAUUACUUCUGCUUUGCAUGCAUAAUGGAGUGGUCGAAGGUGGAGUCCCGGUGCCCGGUGUGCAAGAGGAGGUUUGCAUCCAUUAGCAAGUCCGGGGGGCCGUUGAACCCAGGGCUAGGGAACAGGAGGGCUGUCAUCAGGGUCCCAAAGCGGGAUCAGGUUUAUCAACCUUCUGAAGAGGAGAUGAGAGGCUUUCUAGAUCCUUAUGAGAAUGUAGUGUGUGUCGAAUGCCAACAAGGUGGAGAUGAUUAUUUGAUGUUAUUAUGUGAUAUAUGUGAUACCCCAGCACAUACAUAUUGUGUUGGUCUUGGAAGGGAUGUACCAGAGGGCAACUGGUACUGUGAAGGUUGUAGGCCGAUGGAGGAUGGAUUUUCAUAUGCUCAAUUUUUUAAUGGCAUGGAUCAAGGAGCGAGCAGUGCUGAUCCAUUAUCUGGUCAUUUCUCCUUUUCCGGGAUUGACAAUUAUAGAAACACACAUUCCAGCACAAUCCAACAACCAAUAACUCCUCAGGGUCAAUCUCCAUUUCUGGGAAUUGAUCUAAAUGUUUCACCCAGAUAUCCAUGGAGGGAAGAACAUGAAUGUGCUUCACAAUCACCUAGGACCGGUGCAUCGACUUUGUCUGGGAGACGUGCAAUACAGCAAAGAAUACGGAUUCUGUUUAACAGAUCAAGACAAAGCUUUGCCAGAGAUGUGGCACAUGAACCUGUGAUCAGCUCAGGACUCCAACGAGGGGGACCUUUACCGCAUUUGGACAGCCUGAUUCACCCAAAUCCUCUGCAAAAUUUAUCAGAUUCUGUCCAGUUCCGACAAAACAGUGGCCCAAUCAUUCAGCAAAGUACAGUAAAUGAAGGAAGUAGUUUCCGAGUAGCAGAUGGGGCCAAGGAACAAGUGCAAUCUAUGGUGAGAAGUCAAAUGAAAAGCUUAUCCCGGAACAUCACAUUAGAUCGGGCUACUUACAAAGAUAUUGCACGACGUUCUACCCACACUAUUUUAGCAGCAUGUGGAAUUGAACAUCGCAGAGAAAUUGUGACGAGCCCAGUUCAGCUUCCAAAUACCUGCAUUCAUGAUUCUGAAGACGGACCGGGAAAUCUGAUGAAAAAUUGCUGCUCAGCUUGCUUUUCCUUGUUUGUGCAAGGGGUUGUGGAGAAGCUGAUGAAGGAUUCCUGAACAAAUCUCAGAUUGAAUUCAUCCAUGAAAACCAUCAACAGCAAUUGAUAUAAAAUCUUUAAUUCUUUAUUUCUCUUUGGGGGAUUCUUGUCAAUGCGUCGGUGGUUCGCAAACAACAUUCUGACUUACUUCGCCGUGUAAUAUGACCGAAAAUGUGAAGCCUUGUGCUCAAGGAUGGAUGGACAAUUACCAAGGGAAAACCAGAUUCAUGUCUUUAGCUUCAGAAAUAAAAAGACUUGAAACUGUGCAGCAAGCUUCUUACUUUGAAGAUCAAGGGUGAGGUAUACAUCACAUUACAUAGCCUUUUGCUUUUUUCUAUUAAAUAAUUUUCUACCUAAAUUGUCCUUGAUCAUUCCCAGGAACAUGUCCCUAUUUUUUUUCCUUGUUAAAUGAAUGUUGUAUUGACAGGCCAGCCAACAUUGUGCUGUGUGUACCUUCUUCUAAAUACCUUUAAUUCUUUUGUUGUAUUCUCUAUCUAA